CUAAAGCGUUCAGCUGGAAAAUCAUGUUGACUUGUUCUGAGGAGCGAUUUAUUCGGACCCACUCAAAGGGUGGUCCACACGAAAACUAUAACGCACUGUCCGACGAGGACGAGCAAGAAAAAUCACAGAACAAGAUCUCCUGAAGAAUGUGAAAUGCAACGACCUCAUGAUCAAGUCUGGGUUCCUAAAUGAAAAAAUUCCCCAAAUAAAUCAGAUGGACCAUCAUGAUCUUCCACGUACUUAAUCUACGGUCUAUUACAACUGUUUCAGAUUGAUGAGAAAACUUCACUGUGAGACGAGAAAACUACUACAGUGAGACAGUAGAACUGGAGCAGAGCUUGUGAGGAUGACGAUAAGAAAUACUGAACUGCUCCUCAACGCAGUAAAGUUCAAGCUAGGAAAUUGCUCGAGCUUGGUGUAGUUUUCAUCGACACAUCUUACACAAAAAACGCAUGACCAUUUUCCUGGUCAUCUCUACCUCGCGGUAGUACGUAUGGAAAAAUGAACGGCACCAGGCAGCAGGCCAGCACGGCAAACAAGGCCCCAAUGAGCACAGGAGGAGCAGCAGCAGCAAGUAAUAGACAUCAGCCACUGGAGGAGGUGCAGAUAAUUCACGUGCCGCACUGGCUGCACGAACUCUGGCUGAAACAAGAAGAUGGGUCUACGGUGGCGCAGAUCUCGGAGGACGGGAAAUCGGUAAAUUUACUGAACGAUAAAUUGGCGAGGGAUGAGGGGGAAAUGAAUUUGCCAAACGUCAUGCAGCAAAACUUCCUGCGACCGGCCAAAGCGACGUAUUGUUUUUCGGGUUUUUUUUUCAAGAUGAUGUGAGCAGACUUAUUUAUUUGCGAGCCUUUUUAGCAUGACAGGUUUAUGAAGAUCUUUAUUCAGUAGUCGCAGCUCCGCAAUAAAAAGUGAAAAUCUAGUGAUUUUUAUCGAAGCUGCUAAAAAUAAAUCACAUCAGGUAUACAAUGGAAGGCCUUUCGUCUACUUCGUCUGCAAGUAGCAAGGCGAAGUCCGGUGGUGCAUCAAGAACGACCUCCAACAGCCUGAACGCGAAAAAAGUCACCGGCGUGUACUCUUUCACGCCGCUAGACACGGAUGAAACCUACCGAAAAAUGCUGAAGGAGAGACGGGACGAGAAGGCGACCUUCGGGGUGCGAAAAGUAGUCGCACAGGAGUCGCUCGGACCGAAGUCGGUGACGAGAAUAACGACGCACGACAAAAAGUAUCAAAUGCAAAAAUUUCUGGGUCUGGAACAAAGCAACUUGUCAUGCUAAAUCUGAAUCAUGUAAAAAAUCUGUGUUGCAUGAUUACCAAAAGCUGUCCACUUUUGACCUAAUCGAGAGGCAGUGUCUCAUGCAGAAUAGGCAUGAUAGAACUCUCACAGAAUCUGUCAUGCUAUGUCCUACAUACCAUCUCUCAUGGGUCAUGGAAAACCUGCAUGACAAGUCUGGCAUUCUUCCAGACCCAGACAUUUUUGCAGUUGAUAAAAAGCAGGAACUGGCAAAACCGGUGGUGAAAGGCGGGGGGAAUAACGGGUCGUCCUCGUCCGGAGGUGCUGUAUCAAAUGUAAAAAUGUUUAGGUCUGGAAGAAUGCACGUUUGUCAUGCUUGUCUGGCAUGACUCUUAAAUCUGUCAUGCACGUUACCCAACAGCUCCAUUUUUCUAUGAUGCAGAGACGCAGUUUGUCAUGCAGAAUAGGCAAUACCUAGAAGCUCAGAAACUUGUCAUGCCGAGCCAGCAUUUGUGGCCUCAUCAUGAGACGCCACCCAGCAUCACAAGUUUCCAGACCCAGAGAUUUUUGCAUUUGAUAUGCUGGGAACAACAACAACAAAUCCGGUAGAGCUGCGAAGGCUGCCGGAACGGGCGUUUCCUCGCAGACCGCAGGGCGGAAGCCGAAAGCAGCGACGGCAAGUGGGUCCUCGGUGCCGGUAAGGAAGAGGUGACAACAGUAAGGGGCUACAGGCGUAGUUCCUGUGCUGCCUGUCAAGUCAUGUGCCGAUUUUUUAAGGAACCCGACAUCUUCUAAACCUGUGAUGAUUGAAUGUGUGUAGCGAAAAUGAAACAUCAGCGACUGUUGUGAAGCGAAUAUUAUUGAAGUUGUUGAACUUCUUCCCUGUGAGUUUUUUUUCUGAAAUAGAGCCAAAUGCGGGCGAGUAAUCAGGUUUUUUUAAAGACGAAGCGGAAUAUUGUCUUGAGGCAGGACUCUAAU